CCACCUUCAAAAAGCUCCCCUGCAAAUACUUCCCCCGCUAAAUUUGAUCUUAGCUAUUUGUUCUUCCGGUCAACAGCUGUCAAUUUUCCGGCGGAGGCGCACUGAAUUUCUCCUUCUCUCCAUGAGUUGCUGGAGGAAUUUUCCGGCAAUGUGUUCCUCUUCUCGCACUUUCCUUUUGCUGUUUCCUCUGCUUCUUCACUCGUUCGUGGCGCUGGUCUCUGCUCAGGGUUCUAAUAAUACCUCUCCAUGGCAGACUCUGAGUGGAAAUCCUCCAUUCGUUGUGGCUCGCGGUGGAUUUUCAGGGCUUUUUCCUGAUUCGAGCGGAAUCGCCUACAAUUUUACACUGAUGGUUAGUGUACCUGAUGUGAUCUUAUGGUGUGAUGUGCAAUUAACUAAAGAUGAAGUCGGAAUUUGUCUCCCGGAUCUGAGGCUCAACAAUGCUACUAACAGUGCGAAUGUUCUGGCGAAAAACCGCAGCAGUGUCUAUGUUGUUAAUGGAGUUCAUACGGAAGGAUUGUUCACAGUCGAUUUCAAUUCUAAAGAUCUGGAAAAUGUUACUCUUACUCAAGGAAUCUACUCUCGACCUGACAAUUUUGAUGGCAAUGGUUUUGCUAUUCUCGGUCCUGAAGACGUGUAUGAGCAGUUGCAACCACCAGGACUUUGGCUGAAUAUUCAGCAUGAUGCAUUCUACACUCAACGAAACUUGAGCAUGAGGAACUUCGUACUUUCUGUAACGAAACGCAUCACUGUUAACUACAUAUCAUCACCAGAGGUGGGAUUUCUUAAAAGCAUAUCUUCAAGAAUCAAUCCCCACAAAACGAAGUUGAUCCUUCGGGCAUUAGGACCAGAUACUAUUGAGGUUACCACCAAUCAAACAUACGCCUCUCUCCUACGCAACCUCACUUUUAUCAAGACAUUUGCCUCUGGAAUUCUUGUUCCCAAGACCUAUAUACGGCCCAUUGAUGGCGAUGGCUACCUACAACCUGAAACCUCUCUUGUUUCUGAUGCUCAUAAAGCAGAGCUGGAAGUUUUUGCUUCAGAGUUCUAUAAUGACCUUCCACUGAGCUACAACUACAGCUAUGAUCCUAUUACCGAGUACCUGUCGUACUUCGACGGUGGCAGAUUUUCAGUUGAUGGUGUGCUCACUGAUUUCCCUAUUAGUCCAUCCGCAGCUAUUGAUUGUUUUACUCAUUUGGAUGAUAAGGCAAAAAGUCAAGCCAAGCCUUUGGUUAUUUCCAAAUUUGGAGCCAGUGGAGACUUUCCUGCUUGCACAGACUUGGCGUAUUCCAAGGCUAUAUCAGAUGGUGUAGAAGUGCUCGACUGUCCUGUUCAAAUGACAAAAGAUGGGACACCAUUUUGCAUGAGCUCAAUCAAUCUUAUUUACAGCACAAAAAUAUCUCAAACACCAUUCAUUAAUCGUUCAAAAACAAUUCCCGCCAUUAGUUCUGAGAAUGGAAUCUUUGCUUUUGACUUAACAUGGGAAGAGAUUCAAGGCCUCACCCCUUCAAUAUCGAACCCUUUUUCAAAUUUCACGUUGUUUCGAAACCCGAGGUUCCGAAACAGUGGGAAAUUCUUAACGCUACCAGAUUUCUUGGCCUUGGCAAAGAAUGGGAGCUCUCUUUCCGGUGUCUUGAUCCAUAUUGAGAAUGCAGACUACCUUGCCAAGGAACAGGGUUUAAGUGUAAUCGAUGCGGUCUCUGAUUCCUUGAGCAAAGCUGGUUAUGAUAAUCAGACAGCCCUGAAAGUAUUGAUUCAGUCUCCAAAUAGCCCUGUUCUUAUAAAAUUCAAAGAGGAAAAGAAAAAUUACGAGCUUGUUUAUGAAGUCGAUAUGUCAAUUAGUGAUGUGCUUAAUGAAACUGUCGUGGACAUCAAGAGUUUUGCCGAUUCUGUCACUAUCACCAAGGACUCAGUCUUUCCUGAAAACCAGCAAUAUCUCACUGGAUCUACAAAUGUUGUGACGAAGCUGCAAUCACUUAAUCUGUCUGUAUAUGUGGAAACCUUCAGCGAUGAAUUUGUCUCUCAAGCAUGGGAUUUCUUCUCUGAUGCAACAGUAGAGAUCAACUCAUAUGCUAUGGGAGCCGGGAUUGAUGGAAUCAUCACCGAUUUUCCGAAGACAUCUGCUAGAUAUAAAAAGAACAGAUGCUUAACAAUGAAAGAGCUACCUAACUACAUGAUCCCUGUCCAGCCUGGUAGCUUGUUGCAACUCGUUACAGAGGCGUACUUGCCUCCAAAGAAAGCUUCAAGCCCGGUUCUGGGUGACAAAGACAUAGCUGAGCCACCAUUGUCUCCAGUCUCGAGCAAAGCCCCACCACCUGCUGGGGAAGGUGGCUCCGCCGCAUCACCUCCAGCUCCUUCACGUAAUGGACAACCUAAGCUUGGAGCUGGGGCAGGCUUCUUGCUCCUCAACCUUGCCAUACUUUGCAUAGUUAUUCUUCCAUUCUGAGAAAGGUAGCAGCGGUUCUUCGUGAUCGUUUCGACACUGUAAAUUUCGUAGAAUCGAACACUUGGUUAUUUAAUUCCUAAAACUUUGCAUUCAUUCUUGAGAGGGUACAUUCAUGAUGGAUUAUUGAUUAUAUUUGUAACCAUUCUUCCAAUGUUUGCUCCUUUUUGUAGUGAUGUAACGUGUAAGUUAUGUUUGU